AUGAGCCGUAACAUUUACUACUCAGAGAAGUACUACGAUGACGUAUUCGAAUAUAGGCACGUUCAUUUACCAAAAGAUUUAGCAAAGCAAGUGCCCAAAAGUCACCUUAUGUCUGAAGUGGAGUGGCGAAAAUUGGGAAUUCAACAAUCAGCUGGUUGGGUCCACUAUAUGAUUCAUGAACCAGAACCACAUAUUAUUCUUUUCCGACGACCACGUACCGAUAUACAAUCUACAACAUCAAGUACCUCCACAAAAAGCGGAUCUGGACAGGUCCCAAUGCAAGCGUAG